CAAUUUCCAAGAUGGUGGCCAUCAUUCACGUUUUUUCAUAAAUAGUGCACAUUUAUCUAAAUAUUUCAGUCAAUUGGCUUUCAUCGUAGUUACAAUGAGGGCAGUGUGUUUUUAGUUAAUAUAUAGAUAUUUGAAAACCAUAGUUUUACUUGAUUGUAGCAAGAGCUGCGUGAAAUCGACCACAGUGUCAAAAUUUCAUCAUAGCAAAAAUUUAAAAUUUCGAAAUAAAAACAAUUCCACUAAGAAAACAUCAAAUGGCGGCGAUCGACUCUGCUGCCGAAUUGGCUUCAACUUUAGAACAAUGGGAAAGAGACGAUGGUAGUGCAGCGGAUCCAUUACCAGUGUUGAACAAACUUGCUGACUUGAUAGAACAUGAAACCGAGGAGUACUACAAGAUGGACCCUGAUCCAUUUGAUGACCGGCACCCAGGAAGGGCAGACCCGUCAUGCAGACUUGGACAUCUCCUGAAAUCUUUAUUCAAAAAUGACAACUUUAUGAAUAAGUUGGUGAGUGAUUACCUGGUUUCCAGUCCUAGAGACAAGGAAGCCCUACAUAUAGCUGCAUGUAGGCUUUUAUUUGACAUUAUGCCAGGGCUAGAAACCACUGUCAUCUUCCAAGAGAAUGAACCAUUAGUGCGUAGAUUGAUUGGUUGGGCAGAAAAUGCCAUUGAGCCUCUAAGAUCUUAUGCCACUGGACUAUUGUCUGGCUCAAUGGAAGUGCAAGAUGUUGCAGCAAACUUUAAAGAAGCAAACUCAAGAUUGGUUCCCAUGAUGAUCACAAGGUUACAUGAUCUCAUACAACAGAAACAAGAAAACCCACAAAAGUUUGCUGUGGACAACCAAAAACAAUCAACUGCUGACUCUAUUAAAAUUCCUGCAAGACCUUUUGCACAGUUUAGUAAAAAUGAAUCAAAUGAUAAGCUAUUUGAAUCUGAUACUGAAGAUGAUACAAAUUCCUCAUUUCCUGGUGGAAAGAGAAGGAGACUGAAUAGUGCCAAAGAUCAUGAUGGUGCCAGACUAAAUAUUGAAACUGUUACUUCCAAGGAGGAAUUAGAUGAAUGUUCUGAAAAUAGAAAUGAUUCUUUGGAUAUAAAAUCUAUUAAAACUAGUGACAGUGAAAGUGUCAAAAUGAACUGCAGUAUUGAUGAAAAAAUUAUUUCAAAUGGAGAAAUCCCUCAAAUGAACGUUCAAAGCAAGGCUAAUGAAAACAGUGAACAGUCUGAUACUAGUAAAUCUGUGGACGUCUCAAUUGUAAAGCGGCUGGCAAGGCACAAGGGGAGUCCCACCAGAGCAGAAAGCAUACAUAUGCCCUAUGGUAGUAUGAGUCCAUUCAAACAGUCACCCAGGCAUGACGUCUCGGUUCAGGAAUGCAGCAAUAGCAGCUGGGCAGAGAUGCAGCCCUAUGUCAUAGGCACCUACAGUAUGUCUCCAUUGACCUGUGAUAUGCAGCAACGUCUCAUUCUAAAAUACCUCACACCUAUGGGAGAAUACCAAGAAUUACUGACCCAUGUAUUUGAGAAGAAAGCCAUGGAUCUGAUCUUCUACUAUAUAGAUUUAUCUAAGAACAGAGAUGUCAGGCUGGCUUUUGAGGCAUUAAAGUACCUAGCCUCUCUGUUGUGCCACAAGAAGUUCACUGUAGAGUUCAUCAACCUGGGUGGAGUCCAGAAACUUCUCCAAGUCUACAGGCCGUCAGUGGCUGCUACUGGAGUCUCAAUGUGUCUGUACUACUUGGCUUACUUUGAAGAUGCCAUGGAAAGGGUAUGCCUUCUACCUCAUCACAUUCUCUCAGAUCUUGUCAACUAUGUUCUCUGGUUACUGGAGUGUUCUCAUGAAUCAGGUCGUUGCCAUGCCACCAUGUUCUUCAGCACCUCCUUUAUGUUCAGAGUUAUCAUUGAGCUGUUCGACAUGAAGGAUGGACUCAGGAAGCUCUAUAAUGUUAUAAGCACACUUGAGAUUCUCAUUGUUGACGACCAAGACACUAUGAUUACUGAAGAUGCCAUAUUCACCAGUCGUCAAGCUGCACGCCAUGUUUGUGUUGCAUUGAAACGUUACUUUGAGGCCCAUCUUUCAAUCAAGGCAGACAUAGUAAGACGGUCGCUGGCUAGGGAUACAGGUGCUCAACAUGUCUCUGAGACACCUCCUUUUAAGGCUGCAAAGUUUUCAAGUCAGACAGUACAGGACAACAUAGAACUGUUGCUAGACAACCUGCCUGUUAGAGCGCACUGGAAACCUGUGGAUGACUUACUCAAGCUAGGGGGUGUUAAGUUGUUGGUACAACUCAUCGCUCUCACCCCUGAGUGGAAUGCUUAUACUGGGAAGGCAGAGACCAUAAGAAGUGCUCUUGACGUUCUGGCUGUGUGUACAGUGAUGCCUCGUGCUCAGCUGUGUCUCUGUGACUCUGUCCCCGUUCCAGAGAACCUUACAACUCCCGCUAUAAGCGUACUGUUAGGGGUUGCUGAGGGGGAGAUUAUACCUGACCCUGAUGUACAGAAAGCUGCUCUUAAUGUUAUAAUGAAUUGUGUAUGUGGUCCAAUCACUAGGUAUUCUAGUGGAAUGGGGAAGUAUCAAUGUCUGUCCAGUGGGGGAAGCGCAAGGAGGCGGUCCAGUCUCAAGGCAGAUGGCAAUGUUUUAGCCAGUGUGUGGGAAGCUUUCAGGAGUAACAAUGGAAUCAUGGUGCUGUUAAAGUUACUCCACACACGAAGUCCCAUCACGCAUGCAGAUAGUAUUCGUGCCCUGGCCUGUAAGGCAUUGAUGGGGCUUGCUAGGAAUGAAAUGGUUAGACAGAUCAUAAGUAAACUACCUCUCUACAAUAAUGGGCAAUUGCAAUUAUUAAUGAAAGAACCAGUGUUGCAUGACAAGAGAGCGGAACAUGUGAAGUUUUGUAAAUAUGCUAAUGUUGUACUGGAGAGAGUAUCGGGAAAGCCACAAAAUGCGGACUUUGCAGCAACAUUAGAACAAAUUAGAAAGGAUGAUGUUGUAGCUCAAACCAGGAUCAUAUACAGAGAGAAGGAACUGCUUCAACUCAUGCAUGAUCACCUCUUGCAGAAAGGGUACUCGGAAACUGCCAGUGCACUUCAAAGAGAGGCUGACCUCCCAGCACCAGUGUCUCCACCUAUACAACACCCAUCUAGUCCACAUAUAUACUCUACCCCUGCCCCUAGUACACCUAAAUUGAAUCGAUUAGCUGUGACACCUCGUAGCACCCCUACUGCAAGCCAGGGAUCUCAGUCCACGUUACGAAGCUCUCCUGGUUCCAGUAUUGGCACCCCUGGCUCUAUCAAGGUCAACAUCAUCAGUCACAAAACCCCAGUCUCAAAUAUCAAUGCUAAGGUGCAGCCAUCAAAACAAAAGAUGUACUUCCGUCAGAAAUCUGAGAUAGCUUCCAACAUCAAAUUUAACAGCCAGUUAUCGUCACGUCAUCGUCACACCAGCAGUCAACAGUCAUAUUCUAUAUCAUUAGACAAGAUUGUCACUUCAUAUCUUCGAAGACAACACAUGAUGUGUUCUAACCCUGUAGGCACUUGUCCACCAUUCUCCCUUCUAGAACCCCACAGAUGUCCAGAACCAAAAAGAAGGAGCUGUGCGCCAGAAAAUGUGACAUCUCGUUGUUAUAGGAGACAGUACUUCCCUAAAUAUGGAGGAUUUGAGGGGAGAAGAUGGAACAGAAAAUAUGUUUAUAGCAGGUUUCGACCUGUGCGAUCAUAUAGGGAUGCUGAAGAAGAUGGCUGCUUUACCUGCUGUACAUUCUCAACAUGUGAGCAGUUUUUGAUGUUAGGAACGUACGCUGGUGAAUUAAAGAUGUACAAUCUUCAGACAGCAGAGGAAUCGGCAGCUUAUGUUUGUCAUAGCUCUCCAUUGACCCAUGUAGAACAUAGCAGGGACACACGGCUGGCUUUGACAUCAUCAUCUUGGAGUAGACCUCUCUCGGGACUCUGGACCAUGACUGAUAUGUUUGAAAUGAAACAUACAUUUGAGGAAGAUUCCUAUGCUGAGUUCAGCAAGCAGACACAAGACAGGAUUGUAGCAACCAAAGAAGAAACUGCUCAUAUCUACGAUGUUGAGACUGGUAGAUGUCUACAAACAUUCUUUGACCAAGAUAAAGCAAACAAUUAUGUGUCCAAUCGGGCAACGUUUUCUCCUACAGAUGAUCUCGUCCUAAAUGAUGGAGUAUUAUGGGAUGUGAACAGCGGGAAAUUGAUCCAAAAGUUCGAUAAGUUCAACCCAAACAUCAGUGGUGUGUUCCAUCCCAUGGGCCUGGAGAUAAUCAUCAAUUCAGAAGUUUGGGACUUGCGGUCUUACCAUCUCCUGCAUACAGUUCCAGCCCUCGACCAGUGUCGGAUACGUUUCAAUCAGGCAGGGGACGUCAUAUAUGGUGCAAUACAUCAGCUGGAGGAUGAUGAUGACAGGGAAGAAGAAAAGAUAAAGAGUCCAUAUGGUUCAACAUUCCGCACAUUUGAUGCCAAUGACUAUUCAAAUAUAGCCACAAUUGACGUGAAAAAGAACAUAUUUGAUAUGUGUACUGAUGUAUCAGACUGUUACUUAGCUGUUAUUGAGAAUUCAAAGAAUGAAGAGACAUUGUCUGAGGAGAGUAUAUGUCACCUCUAUGAGGUUGGGCGCAACAAAGACGCUGAAGAUGACCAGGAAGAAGACGAGGAAGAUGAGGAGGAAGAGGAGGAUGAUGUUUUGGAUGAUGAGGAUGGUAGUGACAAUGAUGACAACAAUGAAGAUGACGAUGAUGAUGAUGAUGAAAACAAUGAUGACCAGAUUGAAGACAAUUCCUCAGAUUCUGAUUCCUCGGACUCUGACUCUGAUGAGUCACUAGAUCUGAACAAUAUUCCCGAUGAUGAUGACGAUGAUGAUGAUAUUCUUUUUGAACUCUCAAACUCAAGUUUUUAAAGACACACUAGUUUUAUAGUGUACCAUUCGUAUUAUUGUAGGAGUUUCUUUGGAGUUUUGACUAAUAGCAAAACAAAUGAAAAGAGGCAAAUUCAUUCGAGUUUUUAACAUUGAAAUGAUUGGAAAAUUCCUCAAAACAACGGGCCUGUUCUUAACGGGGCACCUGUAAUGGUUGGUUUGUAUAGAAGCAAAACGGGAAUCUGGUUUUCCAUUUAGAUAAUUGAAGAACAUCAGACAGUGUGUAUUUAUUGUAUCUGGGCUAGGUAUGAAAGUUGGUCUAUUAUUAUGCUAUGGUGUACACUGUGACAGCAGAUUAGUGACAAAGAAGUAUAUGGGGAUUACUUAAUGCCUACAUUAAACUGAAGAAAAUUGAUUUAAUGACCUCUGUACUCUGGAGUUGUGCAUAGUGGUGGAGGUUAAAUGUCUCAAGAUGUGAGAACUAAAAUGUGCCUUGAUAUGUAUUGGUUCUAUAUUUUCUGAAUUGUGAUGCAUGUAUUGAAUUAUAAUUAAAUUGUCAUGAUAUUGAUAUGAAUAUGAAAUACAUGUAGAAAAGAUACAAAAUAAAUGAAAGGUUGUGUUUUACUUGACUUGCAAAGAAAAUGUCCUACUAUAUCCUCUUAUUAUGUCACCACCAAAAAGUGGUGACAAAUUGUUAUGGUCUCUGUUUUUUUUUACUGUGGUUGGUGGUUGGCAAUCGGUGUCUGUAA